AUGACUUUAUCUUUUACCAUGCAGCGAUUGAUGUUUCGUAACCUGAACGCUGGGAAGCACAUGUUCAAGAGAGUUCCCUUAUGGGGGCCCAAGGGUAGCAUAAAGCUGGGAAUGCCCUUAGUCCGGUCUAUUGGGCUAGCCAGUGCUGGUGUAGCCGCCGGUGGGGUUUUCUUGGUGAAUUGUAAACCUUCUAGGUUGAUAUUCAAUGAUUCCUUAAGUGGAGCUGCAAAGCAAAAUAGCCUUCUGGAACCCUUGGAACCAAAGCUGAACAAUAGUGCGGCUAUCACGGAGGAGAGAAGAAAUAAAAUAAGUAGUCACAAGCAGAUGUUUUUAGGAUCAUUAUUCGGCGUCGUUUUAGGAGUCACAGUGGCUAAGAUAUCUAUUUUGUUUAUGUAUGUUGGUAUUACAAGCAUGCUGCUAUGUGAAUGGCUGAGGUACAAGGGGUGGAUCCGAAUCAAUUUGAAAAACGUUAAGUCUGUUAUUGUUUUAAAGGAUGUCGACCUGAAGAAAUUACUUAUUGAUGGAUUGCUGGGUACAGAAUAUCUGGGUUUCAAAGUGUUCUUUACAUUGAGUUUCAUACUAUCAAGUCUAAACGCCAAUAAAUGA